CGGCGGCGGCGGCGCAGCAGGCCACCAACCCCCUGGAGCACGACCUGCUCACGCAGCCCGUGGACCCGGCCUACAAGGGCGUGCACCUCAAGUUCCCGCUGCGGCGGAAGGACCUGGAGGCGCUCAUAGACUCCUUCCGGCGGAAGAAGCCGCACCGCCUGCACGCCAAGUACGUCGCGGGCGUGCUCAUUGAGGCGGUGGAGCACCUUAAGCGCCUGCCCAACCUCAACCAGUGCAGCACGGCCGUCAGCAAGCAGGUCACCAUCUGCGGCGACCUCCACGGCAAGCUGGACGACCUGCUCGUCGUCUUCCACAAGAACGGCCUCCCGUCCCCAGACAGCCCGUACAUCUUCAACGGCGACUUCGUGGACCGCGGCAAGAAGGGGCUGGAGGUGCUGCUCCUGCUGCUCGGCGUGCUGCUCGUCUUCCCCGGGGAGGUGUUCCUCAACCGCGGCAACCACGAGGACCACGUCAUGAACACCAGUACACGAAACUUCUGA